GAUCACUGCUCCAGUCCUAUUCGUUCGCGGCACUUGUCCAGAAGUUCGGCCCGGCUUUGCCUCUAGAGAGAAGGUUGCGCCAGUGAGUGUCGGUGGAGAGUCUUCGAGUGUUGUUGAACUGCCGCCGUUGCCACAUAAAUCGAUAAUUAUUAGUGCUACUCGUCAUAACUAACGACGACCGUUGCAAAAAAAAAACAAGUGCAGCAAAGUACGCUAUUUAGCCACCAGAUAUUGCCGCGACUGAGGGACAAACUGUAGAAAGUGAAAGUUUCUUCUAAGCGAAGACGCCUGUAGUGUGUAUUGCAGCUGAUCAAUUCGUGCUGUUGUGAGCUCUGAUCUAGAGAAGAGUCCAUCGAAAUGAAAUCGCUUUUGGUUGCUGUCCUGGCUCUGAGCUGCGUAUUCUUGUACGCCGAAGCGACUGAGGUUAAGGCCUGCCCGUCUACAAAAUCCAUGGUCCCAAUCAGCGAGAACACGAUCGACAUCAGCAACUGCGUCAAGGGUCCGUGUAAGCUGAAGCGCAAAACCAAUGUCUCCAUCAACCAGAAAUUCACACCAUCGGAGGACAUCAAAUCGCUGACGACGACCGUGUUCGCCCAGGUGCUCUCGCUGCCACUGCCGUUCAUUGGCGUCGAUGGUACCAGCGCCUGCGACUACAUCUUCGCCGAGGACGGCGAAACCAAGCUGGGCUGCCCGCUGAAGGCCGGAGUUCCCGUCGUGUACAAGCGAUCGUUCCCGGUGCUGGAAAUCUACCCCAAGAUGAGCCUGACAGUGCACUGGGAACUGCAGGGUCGGGGUUCCAAGUCCGUCACCUGCUUCGAGGUGCCGGCCAAGAUUGUUUAAAUCCGCGGGGGAGACCUGAUUGUUGUGUUGUGGACAUUUUUGAGUAGAUUUUUGUACUGUGAAAAUGUGACGAAUGAUGCCGUAUUAUAAUUCAAUAAAUAUUACGUAAGUUUAAA